AUGUCCGAGCACUCAAACUACGUUCGCGUGGCCGCAGUCCAGGCUGAGUGCUGCUACUUCGACCUGCAGGCCGCUGUUGCUAAGACAUGCAAGCUGAUUGAAGAGGCUUCCGUCAAAGGGUGUGAUCUGAUCGCAUUCCCAGAGGUUUGGAUUCCGAACUACCCCGGAUGGAUUUGGCAACGACCCAUCGAUUUCGAGAUGGUGCAGGAAUACAUGCGAAACUCUCUGCGCCGCAAUGGGCCGGAGAUGGACAAAAUCUGUGCCUGCGCGGCGAAGCACAAGAUUGCCGUCUCACUGGGUUACUCGGAGAAUGACAAUCACUCGCUGUAUCUGGCGCAGUCGUUCAUUGGAAAGGAUGGAAAGAUCAAGAUGCACAGGCGCAAGAUCAAGCCGACGCACGCUGAGCGCACUAUCUACGGCGACGGCAGCGGGGCUUCCCUGCUGAACGUAGCCUACGAGCCCGGCAUUGGCAAGGUCGGCGCCCUCUCCUGCUGGGAGCAUUCACAGCCACUACUCCGCUACCACACGUACUCCCAAGGCGAAGAAAUCCACGUAGCCGCAUGGCCACCUAUGAACUACUACAGCUCCUUCCCCGAGGGCUCAGCCCUGUGGUCGCAGUGCCGCGAAGGCGCCCACAACCUCUCAACCACGCACGCGAUCGAAGGUAACUGCUUCGUCGUGCUCGCCUCGUCCUUCUUCACCAAGGCCGGCAUCGAGCGCAUGCGGCUAGGCGACGGACAGCUGUACCACAUCGGCGGCGGCGGGUGCGCGGCCGUCAUCGCGCCCGACGGCCGCAAGCUGACGGUUGACUUGGGUGAGGAGGAGCAGGGGUUGGUUAUCGCUGACUGCGAUAUGUCCGAGAUCCUCAAGGUCAAGGCCAUGCUCGACGUGCACGGCCACUACAGCCGCCCCGAUCUGCUGUGGUUGGGCGUCGAUUAUCGCGAGAAGGAGCAGGUCAGGCCGGAGGGUGGGCCGGAGCAGUUGACGAAGGCCUGA